GCACGCUUAGCUUCCUGAAAAUGGCUAGCUGGGGAAGAGUCGCUGCUCUCCUGAGGAACUUUUCCAGGACCCCUCGCUCUCUGAGGGGUUUAACACGGAACAGAGCAGUAGGAGCUGGUGUUUUGGGCUCUGUUAUCGGAACAGGAGUUCUGUGUUUCCAGCAGUAUCAUGCAGACAGCAGGACUCUGCCCUACACCGUGUAUGCUGAGGAACAAAAAGAUGCUGCAGCUCCUCCUCUGUCUGCCAGGAAGAUCCGGUUCACCCAGUUCGCCUCAGCUGUCUACGAUCAGGAGCCUUACAUGACCCCCAGAGACUUCCUGUACUCUGUCAUGCUGGAGAAUGUGGACCGAAAACUGCAGAAGAAACAGUUAACAAAGGAGGAAGUUGAUAAGAUGUUGAAUGCUGCCUCUAAAGCUAAAGCUGGCAAUGAUCUGUUCAGACACUUUGGAGACAAUGGUUUGAUAUCCUACACAGAGUAUCUAUUCCUGCUCACCAUCCUGACCAAGCCGCACACAGGAUUUCAUAUAGCUUUCAAAAUGCUUGAUGUUGAUGGCAAUGAACAAGUGGACAAAAAGGAAUUCCUCAAGCUGAAGAAAAUCAUUGGAAAAAAUAAAAAGAGAGUUCCCGUAGAUAGCAUAGAGAAACCAGUGGAGGAAGUACAAAGUGUGAACACAACGCUGCAGGCCUACUUCUUUGGAAAGAACGGAGAUAAAAAGUUACAGUAUAAGGAGUUCCACAGGUUCAUGGUGGACCUCCAGGAUGAAGUCCAGGAGAUGGAGUUCCGGCAGUUCUCCAAAGGAAUGGACACCAUGAGACGGGAGGAUUUUGCAGAGUGGCUGCUGCACUACACCAACGAAGAAGACAAUGAAAUCUACUGGGAGAACAUGAGGAAGAAGAUCCCUGCUGGUCAGAGCAUCACAUUCAACGAGUUUAAAGUCUUCUGCCUCUUCACCAACAACCUAGAGGACUUCGCCUUCUCAAUGAAACUGGUGACCAACGCCCACCGUCCUGUUGGAAUGGCCCAGUUCAGGAGAGCGGUGAAGAUCGCCACAGGUCACGACCUCUCUGAGAAUGUGUUGGACACAGUGUUUAAACUCUUUGACAUGGACGGAGACAACUGCCUGAGCCAUAAAGAAUUCAUUGGUGUGAUGAAAGACAGAGUGCUGCGAGGUCUGAGGGUGCAGCCUCAGAACGGCUUCUCCGGCUUCUGGAAGUGUGUGAAGCAGGAGACCCUGAAGGGAGCUCAGGAGGCUCUUGGAGAGAACGCAUCCCCCCUCUGAGCCACACUGAUGUCCCAGGACACGUCUGAGAGAUUCUUACCCACUUAUUUUUUUUAAAUAAUAAUCAAAGAAGCAGCGUGAGCUCUUGCUUCUAAAUGUAACCACAUGUGAAGAAACAGGAUUUACACCACUCUUAUGUGCAAAUGUGUUUACAGAGCAACAAAUCUAUCUGAUAUUAGCUAAGAACUGUCUGGUUGUGGUGUUUACAAUAUAUUUUUUACAUAGUUUGUGUGUUUAAUCAACUCAUGCAUUUCCACUCAAGAGUGACUCAUUGAUUUUGCACUUCACACACUUGUUACUUUGGGAAGUGUUUUUAUAAAACUGUGGUUUAUGGGACAGAUUGUAAUUCUGUGUAACUGACACAUUUUUCAGCUCCUUAUACAAUCUCUGGUGUGGGGUUUUUUCAUGUUUAUGUCAAAGUAUUUAUCAAAUAAAGUAUCAAAUGUGGAAAAUGUUGCUGCACAUUUGAAGCUGAAAUAUUAAG